AUGGCUCUCCUCACUAAUCCUCCUCAACAAUCUCACUCCAAAAAAACACUCCCAAAACAAAAACACAAAACCCAACAACAACAACAACAACAGAAUCAAAAACAAAAACAGAAACAGAAACAAAAGCCACCUUCUUCAUGGGACCAAAUCAAAAACAUCCUAACUUGCAAACAGAUCGAAGGCUCCACCGUUCACGAUCCUUCAAAACCAAACAACAGUUACUCAAAAUUAGGUUCAUCUUGUAGCUCAAUUUGUAGCUUCAGAGACGCUGUUCACGGAAACACUCGAGUUGUUCAUAGGUCUGAUAAUUCAUCACCAGAAAGUAGCAUCUUAGGUCAAGAAACAAGUUUACUCAAAAGAAAAUCUGUCGCUGCCACUGCUUCAUCAUCAUCAUCAAGAACUCGCUCUUCUGCAUCAUGUUCUGGGAAAUCCAACGGUGGAAAUAACUACACGUCAUCAUCUUCCAGAGGAAUGCAGUUCAGAAAACUCUCUGGAUGUUAUGAAUGUCACAUGAUCGUUGACCCUAGCAGGCUAGCAAUUCCUAGAAGCACAGUGUGUGCUUGUGAUCAAUGUGGAGAGGUUUUCCCUAAGAUUGAAAGCUUGCAGCUUCAUCAAGCUGUUCGUCAUGCUGUUUCGGAGCUGGGUCCGGAAGAUUCGGGUCGGAACAUAGUGGAAAUAAUAUUCAAGUCAAGUUGGUUAAAGAGGGAGAGUCCAAUGUGUAAGAUCGAACGGAUAUUAAAAGUUCAUAACACCCAACGAACAAUCCAACGGUUCGAAGAAUGCAGAGACGCAGUAAAAUCCCGUGCAACCGCAACAACAAAGAAAAACCCUCGGUGUGCCGCAGACGGCAACGAACUCCUUCGUUUCCACAGUACAACCUUAUCCUGCGCACUAGGUGCACGUGGAUCCUCCGCCUUGUGCGCCACCGUACCAGGCUGCGGAGUGUGUACGAUCAUCCGGCACGGUUUUCAAAACAAAGGAGGUGUGAAAACUAACGCUAGCAGUGGUAGGGCCCACGACAACUCCAUUGGAAGGACCGGAGAAGAUUCUAGAAGAGCGAUGCUGGUGUGCCGUGUAAUUGCCGGGAAAGUGAAGCGCGUGGCGGAGGAAGGUGCGCCGCCGAUAACGGAGGAGGAAACGGUGUCGUUUGAUUCUGUUGCGGGGGACGCGGGAAUUUACUCGAAUCUCGAGGAUUUAACCGUUUUCAAUCCAAGGGCUAUCCUUCCUUGUUUCGUGGUAAUCUACAAGGUGCUUCAUGCUGAAUAA